AUGUUUUCAUCUAAGGCAUCCUUCCUAGUCAAGAUCAUCGAGUACCUCAAGAAGCAUGCAGAAAUCAAGGGUUCAGACGAAGAAGAAAUCAAGAAAACCAAAAUCAAGGACUUCGAUAAGGAAUUCAUUAGCGUUAAGAUGCAAAAACUCUUCAAUAUCAUAUUGGUUGCAAAUUUCCUUGACAUUAAGCCUUUGCUCGAUCUUUGUGCUCAGGCUAUUGCUGACAAGAUCAAGAACAAGUCGCAUGUGGUUGUUCGACAAAAUUUCAAUGUUCAAUGUGAUUAUACUCGAGAGGAAGAAGAUGUCGUUCGGAAAGAAAAUGAAUGGGGGCCGGCUGGAACCUAA